AUGGCAAAACGAGUUUGGAAUAUGGUGAGAAAUGAUGGUACUCCUGACGAGAAGUUUUUAGGUAUUACUCCUCGCGAAAAGAAGAAAGAGCAGUUACGUGAACGAUUAGGUAUUAUAGCAUAUAUAGUUGCUUUUAUAGUAUUACAUCGGCAAGACUAUAAAAUCGUUAAUUAUGAUGAUUGGUCUUAUAUGUUAAAGUGGCUACCAAAUCCUGGAUAUUACCGUAUUAACGAAUAUACCAAUAAUGGCAAUGAAAACUUUGUUAGAUUUUCCGAAUAUGAGCGAUAUAGAUGUAGAAUAGCAGGCAAACAAUAUCCAUGUAAUUCGCUGAAAAUUGACUAUUUUCAAUCUGGAUAUUUUACUAUCGAGGGAAAAGAUAAUGAUCCUGGAUAUUAUCUUAAUAGUAAAGAAAAUCUCAAUCGUAAAUUCCUUGUAAAAUAUCAUAGGUGUGGGUCGUACAGUAUGCAAUCUGCAUGCACUGAUCGUCUAGUGAAUGUACCACCUGCACAUUUAUGCGGGUGUUCAAGAAGGUCAAUGAAGCGAUCUUGGGAAUUCCUGAUUCCUAAAUACUAUCAUUAUAACUUUGAAAAUUUCUAUGCGACAGUUAUACAGCGAGCUUACAGGGAUUACAAGAGACCCGAAUCAUUGGCAAAACGAGUUUGGGAGGUGGUGAGGAAUGAUGGUACUCCUGACGAUAUGAAGUGA